CUUUUCGUCUGCAACUACAGAACAGCAAGAUGACUGAUGCUCAGAAUGUACAAGAGCUCCUUGAAAAGAAGAAGAAGAGAACCUUCAAGAAAUUUUUCUACCGUGGUGUAGACUUGGAGAGACUCUUGGAUAUGUCACCAGAGCAAUUAAUGCAAUUGCUUGACUGUCGUGGACGCCGAAAAUUCAUGAGAGGAAUGAAGAGAAAACCAAUGGCUCUAAUCAAGCGUCUCCGCAAAGCCAAGAAGGAAGCUCCUGCUUUGGAAAAGCCAGAGUGCGUUAAGACCCACUUACGUAAUAUGAUCAUUCUUCCAGAAAUGAUCGGCAGUGUUGUUGGUGUAUACAACGGUAAAACUUUCAAUCAAGUUGAAAUCAAGCCCGAAAUGAUUGGCCAUUACUUGGGUGAAUUCAGCAUCACAUACAAACCUGUGAAGCACGGUAGACCUGGUAUCGGUGCUACCCACAGCUCUCGUUUUAUUCCUCUCAAGUAG